CAGAUAAAGAGAGGGGGUAUUGAAGCACAUAGGUAGAGAAGCACAGCACGAGCACAUAGGAGGAAACAAAAACAGCAGUAGACACAAACACACACACACACACACACACACACAAGGACAAAGUGUACUCAGGACAACAAAUCCUGAUACAGUAUAAACUGGUGACACCCAGGGAAGUGUAAUUAGGGAUAGUGAGAGAAAGUAAAAGGGAGGAGAUAAGGCGUCAGGACAACAAAGCGGAAGAAGACUAGAUAUAUAUAUAUCUACUCAUAGGCUACCCGGUACACAGUUCCUCUCACAGGAGUUUAGAGUGCAUAUUGACUAACUAUUAGAAAGAAGGCUAAAUACUUAAUAUUCUUCAAGGAAGAGAGUUUAUAGCAACGUCAAGCUGUUGUGGAAUAAGGAUCUCGAGGGUCUCUUUUCUCUGAUAUCAGACUGCCUUGUUGGUGGCAAGAUGGUUACAGAGGAAGGGACCCAAUGGCUACUCACACUCCUAAAGGAAGUCCAGUUAGAGCAGUUCUACCCUCGGAUUCGGGAUGAGCUGAAUGUCACACGUCCUGAUCACUUUGACUUUGUGAAACCUUUUGAUCUGGACCAGAUUGGCAUGGGACGACCAGGACAACGAAGACUUUUUGAAGCCUUAAAACGCAGAAAACCACAAGGGAGACCAAAAUCCUGGAUGUACAAGAUGUUUUCAGGAAGAGCUCCAGAAUCUGUUGACUGUCCACCUUAUCCAGAUAGUCCCCCCUCCCCUUCUUCAUCCUUCUCCUCAAGGGGGAAUCCAGAGUGUUCCCUGAAGUGUCUAAUUAAUGAACGUGACCUCAGCUUGUAUGAACGUUUGGGUGAUGGCUGCUUUGGAGUAGUGAGGAGAGGCGAAUGGAGAGUUCCCAGCGGAAGAAGUGUAAGUGUAGCAGUGAAGUCUCUUCGUACAGAUACUUGUUCUGAUCCAGAUGCUCUUCUAGAUUUCCUUCAGGAAGUGAAUUCUAUGUAUGCAUUGGAUCAUCCAAAUCUUAUCCGUCUUUAUGGAGUUGUUUUGACUCAGCCUCUGAAAAUGGUGACAGAGCUUGCUCCUCUUGGAUCCCUGCAAGACUCCCUCCGUUCUCGUUAUGGUUCCUACUCUUUGCAGCUUUUAUGGGGUUACUCCUUGCAGAUUGCUGCAGGAAUGCAUUACUUGGAGUCCCACAAAUUCAUCCAUAGGGACCUGGCUACUCGGAAUAUUCUCUUGACAAGUGAAGAGGUGGUGAAGAUUGGUGACUUUGGCCUGAUGAGAGCUCUUGCUAGUCACAGUGAUCAUUACAUAAUGUCUGCUCACCGAAAAAUACCCUUUGCAUGGUGUUCUCCUGAAAGCUUAAAGAUAGGUACAUUUUCUCACUCAUCUGAUGUCUGGAUGUUUGGCGUCACCCUGUGGGAAAUGUUCACUUAUGGACAAGAACCUUGGCUUGGACUAAGCGGAAGACAGAUUCUAAUGAAGAUAGACCGUGAAGGAGAGCGACUGGAACGUCCUGAGGAUUGUCCUCAAGGAAUCUACUCUAUCAUGAAGAAAUGCUGGGCCCACAGACCAGAUCAAAGACCAAGCUUUAGUAACCUGAUGACAAUGCUGCAGGAGGCCAAGCCAUUUGAAAUUAAAGUUACACAAGAUGUCAAUGAACCUGGAUGGCUACGCUUGGAUAACGGCGACAUUGUCACACUCAUUGAUGUGGGGUCAGACUCUCACCCUUGGAGAGGACAAAACAAACGAACUCUAAAAGUGGGGCCGAUUCCAGCAUCUGCCAUUAGUUCAGAAGAUUUAGCGCACAUUCGCAACUCUUCCAACUUAUCAGGAGGUUUGAAGCAGCUGUCCCUGGGAGAGGGGGAAACAGAAAGCGACAGAAAGAACAGAGCGAAAGAUGGAGCACGCAGAGCAGGUGGAGGGGCAGUAGGAGUUAAACUACUGCGCAUGCAACGUCUCUCCAAAAGUCUUGAAUCACUCUCAGACUUCCCUCAACCCAAUAACCAGAACCAGUUCCCUUCACCAAGGAAUCGUGUACGUGACCUUGAGAGUGUUGCACCCAGUGAUGGAUCCCCUCGACGAAUGAGUGACCUCCCUCAACGCAAAAUUAUUCCCAAUUUCCGACCACAAAUCUUUCAGAAACCUAAAGUUUCAGGCACUAAGGAGCGGCCUCUUUUCGUUCCCCAUACUGAUUACCCUUCUCAUCCUAUGGCUCGAGUGAACAAAGAGAAGUUCUCUGGCUCAACCCCACUCCUGUGUAGUAUGGAUAUGGGAGGAGUCUCCCGUCCCACACCUAUGGUCCCUGUUUCUGAAGGAAUACACGGAGCAACAGGGUCUGGACAGCGAGGAGCAGCGGAGAACGAACUGCAGAGAAAAAUCAAAGAGGUUGAAGAGCGUGUUCAUGGAGUAACCACAGAGGAAAGCCGAGAUGCCCUGCUCUCCAACUCAGGAGAUAUUUCAAGGGCUAUUCAUGCUCUGAAGAUUGAACAACUAUAUAAUGUGAGCCGUCAUAGCAAGGAUGAAUGCAAGCGUAUUCUGGAGAAAUGUCAAUGGAACCUAGAGGCUGCGUCACGUUAUGUUCUUCGGAGAGCACAAAUUCAGUGAAUACGUCAACUGUACGUUUCAGUUCGGGUAUUGUUAUCUGCUGAAUGGUCUUUUGCAAAAUGGAGAAUCUUAUGAUGUCUGCUGCUUCUGUGCACAUCUAAGGACAGUGGAGAUGUCAAGUGCCAAAAAUAUCUUAUUUAAAUAUUGUUUAUAAAGUUUUGGCUCUAACAGUGGCAUUUUUGACAUCAGGGACUUACAGAUGAAGAAAGAGUUCUUGAGGACUAGCAGCACAGUCUGCAUGUUGGUAGUGCUGGCCGCUGCAUUAUCAGUUUACAUUUAAUGCUUGUUUUAAACCAGUGAACAAGGAGUAUUGUACAUCAUUUAGUUAUGAGUUGGUCUUGAGCAACAUCAAGCAUGAAGAGGGUUUUUUCCACUUUGUCUCCAACCUCAAAAAAACAAGCAAAGGAAUGAAAUAGCUACAGGAUCAAACAUGCUGUGGUGAGGAGAAGCAAGGAUUAUCACAAAGACUGGAAAAAUUACACUAUAGUUGGUCAGUCAGUGGAAAAUGCUAAUGAGUCAAGAGACAAAAAUAUACCAAUCUACUCAAUAUUAAAGUAAUACAAAAACUUAUUUUCUGACUCAUCCUCUGAGUGCACUUGUCUCGGACUAUAGGACGAGUCUUAUUUAUCACUGCGUUAAUACUGAUGGUUACCAUCUCUAUAUGUGGAUGAUAAAGAUCCUAAGAUGCCUUUUUACGUUUUUAUAAAGAAGCUAUUUAUUUUAAUAUCUUCCUACACAUUUGAAUGAAUACCUUAUUGGAGUAAUGGCACUGGCGUUUGGGAUGCAAGAUACUGGCCUGAUUUUAUAAUGGUAAAAUAAAUCUUGAAUUAGUAGGAUGCAGGUUUCAUCCAUUUUAUAAUAUAGGCAGCCAUUUUACCAUGAUUAAACUGAGCAUUUGCUUUCUAUAAUAGGACAUGUAACAACAUAUAGUUGCUAUUUUCGGAUUGGAACUUUAAAUGUGUCAUUGGGUGUAACAGUCUUUUGUUCUACACUAUACUUGAUGCCAUAGUGAGACUAAAUAUCCAUUACAGUGUUAGAGAAGUGCUGCCAUCUUGUGGUACCUGCUAUUUACAGUUAUGACCCAGGAGCAAUUCUGUUUGGUUAUACAAAUGAACAAACACAUGUUGCUUGUAUCCUCAGUUGUUAAUGUUCUACAGUGUACAUAUUUUAAAUCCAAGGCUGCAGGGAUAUUAAGUCUGCAAAUGCUUGGCCUGCAGACACAAAUGUUUUGUUGUAUUUACAGAGAUUGAAGGUUUCUGUACUUUAAUAUGUAUUUGAUGUAUGUAUAUAUAUAUAUGUGUGUGUGUGUAUAUUUAUUUUAAUGAUAUACCUAAAGGUAUAUAUAUAUAUAUAAAAAUAUGUUAUAUAUGUAAACAUUUUUUUACAAUACAAAUAUGUGAUAUUUUCUACAUUGUUAAUAUUUUAUCUUUAUAAAAAUAAAAUUAUGUAUAUAAUGA